CUGAUUGCGCAUGCACCGUUGUAGCGGAAGUGAAGUGGAAUCCAUUCGUUCAAACCUAGGGAUGCAACGUGGCUAAAUAUGCGAAAUUCUCUGUUUCUAGAAUAUUCAAAUACAUAAUUUAUGAAAUAAUUUAAAAGGUUAAACCAGAUUACAAAAUUAGUCCAGGUAAAUACCAAACAAAAGUAAAAUCAUGGAGGCAAUGGAUACCCCACCUUCACAGCCUGGUGCAGUUACUAUGUUUUUUAAAAGAAUAGGGGAGAUCCAGCAAGGCUAUUUAGAUAAAGCCACUCCUCAUUUGGCAGCUAGAUGGAUAUUCUUAGUUGUAUGGUUAUUGCUGUAUGGUGUUAGAGUAUACUUUUUACAGGGGUGGUAUAUAAUCACAUAUGCCUUAGGAAUAUACUUACUAAAUUUAUUCAUAGCUUUCUUAACACCACAAGUUGAUCCAGCCAUUAUGGAUGAUGAAGAGGAUGGUCCUUCAUUACCAACAAAGUCAAAUGAAGAAUUUAAACCUUUUAUGAGAAGAUUACCAGAAUUUAAAUUUUGGUAUAGUGCUGUAAAAUCCAUCACCGUUGCGAUGCUAUGUACAUGUUUUGAUGCAUUAAAUAUACCAGUAUUCUGGCCUAUAUUAGUGAUGUACUUCAUUUUAUUAUUUGUUAUUACCAUGAAAAGACAAAUUAAGCAUAUGUUGAAAUAUAAAUAUUUACCAUUUUCACAUGGAAAGAAAAAAUAUCAAGGAAAGGAAGACACAGGAAAAGUAGUGUAUAACAAAUAAUGUCGGUGACUAUUAGUUUGUCAUUUCAUUGUAUCAUAAUUCCAUUCAACAUCUCCCAGACUAAGGUGAUGGCAUGGUAGAGUCCAUUGGCAUGGAAGAGUCCAUAAGAACAAGGCUGUUAGGAAGGAUGAAUGUAUUCUCUUCUGUUACAGCUGAUUUCCUAAUGCUUGUAGAGUAAGACUUUGGUUAGCAUGCUUGCUCUGUUUGUAUAUUGUACAAUGGUUAUAAGGACAAUUUCCAAUCAAAUCUAAAUAUAAUAUAUAGAGGUUUAUCUAUGCCUAAAUAUGUUGUUUGAAGAUGACAAUCUUAAUAACCAAGCUUGAAUUAACUUUUAUACAAACAGAGCAAGCAUAACUCUUACUCUACAAGUAUUAGGAAAUCAGCUGUAAUCCUAUUAUAGACACUAUCCUCUAGUCUAUAUACGUUUUUUUGAUGAACUGUGUGUUAAAUUUUUAAUUUUUAGAGAAAUGUAAACAAAAAGAAGCAGGAAUUCCUUACUUUCUAUCGUUUAGUUACUUGUAGUUUCAUCUGAAAUUGUGUUUACUUUUUAUGUUAUUAUUUAUUUAUUGUGUGUUGAUUUUUCACUUUGUGUAAAAUCUAUUAUGAUGAAUGUAGUGUUAUUUCCAUUGCCAAUUACUUGUUAAAUUUUUUUUGUACCUUAUAUUGGGCAAACAAGACAUGUUCUUAUAGAAAGAGAAAACAAUGUACAUGUUUUACCAAAAAGAUAAAGGUUUCAGUAUUAAAAUAAGAAACACAUUUGUAUGAAUUUUUUUCUGUAAACUUGUAGAAUGUUGGUGCAUGAACUUUUGUAGAAAUUCCUGUCAGAUGUUUUUGUUAAAUUAACGCUUACAUUUAAAUCAUUUGAAUUUCUUCAGAAUUAAAAUAUUGUUUAGUUAUUCUAGAAUAAUGGGUUUAUUUGCAUAGCAUUGUAAUUCCUGUCAAAUUUUAAAAAGUUAUGAAAAGAUAUCCAAAAUAGAUUCUUAACAUGUAAUUAAUAAAAGUUAAUAUGUGUGUAUUUAAUUUUAAGAUAUGUUACAGUGAUCAAGUUAAGUGUAUGUAUUUGUAAAGUGUCUUCAAUAAUGAUGGUAUAUCCAUCUGAUAGAAAAUAGUUUUAUUAACACAUCUUUCAUAUUUAAUAAUCAAUCACUACUAUAAAUGAUCUGUAAGGAAAAACCGAUUUUUCUGAAAACCCAGUUUAAAUUUAAUUAUGUUUAUUCAAGAAAUCAGUAGAUGUUUGAUAAUUACCUGAGAAAGUAAAAUCCAAACUCUUUUUUUUGUGCAUGUAAAGUCUUAGAAAUGAAGACGUAAACAUGCUUGUUAUUAUAUCAGCGUCUUUGAAUUCACAUUAGAACAAAUAUAUAUACAUGUAGCUUGUACAAAGUUUAUUUUAACCAAUAAAAUGUAGGUAUUGGUACAGUACAUUGGUAAGGUGUAACAUGCUUAUUGAUAUAUAACGCUUUUCCUAUUCUCAGUUGAAGAAAAAAAAGUUGUUUAAGAUUAACUAUUAAGAUUAUAAAUCUAAAUACUGGGAUUCAAAAAGGUGGCAUAAAUUUAAAAUUAUGAAAGUAUAUUUAAUGGGGGGAUUUCCUGAAUAUGUAAUGCUGUCAUAAAAGAUGGUUGACAAUUUUUUACAUAAAAGUUGUCUCCCUUUUUACAGAAAAACAGACUUUUAUAGGUGGUUGUAAUCAUUAACAAAGAAAAGAUGUGUGUGAGUGCUUAUUGCUAAUGAAUUUGAAAGAUUUAAAAUGUUGUAUUGUUGAAACAAAUUUUUAUUCAGAGUUAUAAACAUGAUCUAGAUAUAUAAAUGUAAAUAAAUUAAGAUGUGUAAAUUUCUUGAUGAAGGAAAUUUAAUAAAAAAAAAUAUAUUAUGAA